UGAAAACUCUUCUGUCAGUCCCACUCCUUCCUUCCUCCUCACUCGUAUACAAAUAUACAAUUAUCAAAAUUAUGCAUGUCUUCUACAAUUACAUAUAAUCCUAAUUUAACUUCUCUUUAAUUUGGAGUAAUAAAUAUCAUUAUAACAAUUUCUACACUCAUAAAUCAGAAUCUUCUCUUUCUCUUUCACUUUCUCUCUCCUCUUUUCGCCGAUAAUCUCUCUCUACUCAAUUCAUUCAUUUCACUUCUUCAUUACGCAAUCACUUUUAUUAGUUGAUGCUUCAAACAUCUACUCUCUCAUUUUCUCACUCUCUCUCCAGUACAGUAAGCUGUGAUGCUUCUAGGCUGAUUAGAGAUCCAGCAUCUGGAGAGAGAAAGCUGAUUUGAACAAUCUGCGUCUAUAUAUUUAUUUAAAAGUCUGUAAAGCUGGCGGCCGCGACUGCGUGGAGGUUUGCUACUAGCAAUGGCAAUGGCAAUGGCAAUGGCCAUGCGACUAAUGAUAUGGAAAGAAAUAUGGAUGGAAAACUCCAAGACUCAGAACCUCCCUCUCCAUUAUCUGUUGCUAAAAUGGGGUUAAGAGACCGUACAAGCAGCAUGGAGGAUCCAGAUGGGACACUAGCUAGUGUUGCUCAAUGCAUUGAGCAGUUGAGGCAAAAUUCUUCAUCAUUUCAAGAGAAAGAGUUUUCUUUAAGGCAGUUGCUGGAACUCAUUGAAACACGUGAAAAUGCUUUGAGUGCUGUAGGGUCUCACUCACAGGCUGUUCCGGUGCUUGUUUCACUUUUGAGGUCAGGGUCACUGGUGGUCAAAAUACAAGCAGCACGUGUAUUAGGAUCUCUCUGUAAGGAGAAUGAACUCAGAGUGAAAGUUUUGCUAGGUGGUUGCAUACCUCCUCUUCUUGGUCUGCUCCGGUCAAGCUCAUCUGAUGGUCAGGUUGCUGCUGCAAAGGCUUUAUAUGCAGUUUCUCAAGGAGAUGCGAGGGAUCAUGUUGGUUCGAAAAUUUUCUCCACUGAAGGUGUUGUGCCAGUCCUAUGGGGACAGCUAGAGCGAGGGCGUGAAGCUGGGAAACUGGUUGAUGAAUUAAUCACAGGAGCAUUGAAAAAUCUUUGUGGAAGCACAGAGGGAUUUUGGCCAGCAACAGUACGAGCUGGAGGAGUGGAUAUACUUGUGAAAUUACUGACCACGGGACAGCCUGGUACUCAAGCAAAUGUAUGUUUUCUCCUUGCUUGUAUGAUCAUGGAGGAUGCAUCUAUAUGCCCUACCGUUUUGGCUGGUGAAGCAGUCAAACAGCUACUAAAGUUGUUAGGAUCUGGUAAUGAAGCAGCCGUCAGAGCAGAAGCAGCGGGUGCUCUUAAAUCUCUUUCUGCUCAGUGCAAAGAGGCAAGGAAAGAGAUAGCCAACUAUAAUGGCAUUCCAGCUCUCAUAAAUGCUACAAUUGCUCCUUCAAAAGAAUUUAUGCAAGGGGAGCAUGCCCAAGCCUUGCAGGAAAAUGCUAUGUGUGCUCUGGCGAACAUAUCAGGUGGUUUGUCUUCUGUUAUAUCCAGCCUUGGAAAAAGCCUUGAAUCUUGUACUUCACCGUCACAGGUUGCUGAUACUUUAGGAGCUCUAGCUUCUGCACUUAUGAUAUAUGAUCAGGAAGCUGAGUCUACAAAAGUCUCUGAACCACACUCUGUUGAGCAGACAUUAAUCAAGCUGUUCAAACCUCACUUGCCAUUUCUCGUCCAAGAGCGAACUAUCGAGGCGCUUGCUAGCUUGUAUGGGAAUCCUGUACUCUCUAAAAAGCUUGCUAAUGCUGAUUCUAAGCGCUUGCUGGUUGGUUUGAUCACAAUGGCUACAAAUGAGGCUCAGGAUGAGCUGGUAAAGUCUCUUUUGACAAUCUGUGAUGACGAAGCUAGUCUCUGGCACGCACUUCAAGGGCGUGAUGGUGUCCAGCUAUUAAUAUCACUUCUGGGAUUGUCGUCAGAGCAGCAACAAGAAUGUGCUGUUGCCUUGCUUUCUCUUCUUUCAAAUGAGAAUGAUGAGAGUAAAUGGGCCAUUACUGCAGCUGGUGGAAUACCUCCACUGGUCCAGAUACUGGAGACUGGUUCUGCUAAAGCCAAAGAAGACUCUGCAACUAUAUUGGGAAACCUGUGUAAUCACAGUGAAGAUAUACGAGCAUGUGUUGAAAGUGCUGAUGCUGUUCCUGCACUCUUGUGGUUAUUGAAGAACGGGAGCUCAAACGGGAAGGAGAUUGCAGCCAAAACAUUGCAUCACCUUAUUCAUAAAUCUGAUACUGCUACCAUCAGCCAACUCACUGCACUUCUAACCAGUGAUCUUCCUGAAUCUAAAAUUUACGUUCUGGAUGCUUUGAAAAGUAUGUUGUCUGUGGUACCCCUCAGUGAUAUUUUACGGGAGGGUAGUGCUGCAAAUGAUGCUAUUGAAACAAUGGUUAAGAUAUUGGGCUCUUCAAAAGAAGAAACCCAGGCAAAGUCUGCCUCCACACUUGCUGGAAUCUUUCAUCUCAGGAGAGACUUGCGUGAGAGCAGUAUUGCAGUAAAAACUCUCUGGUCAGUCACAAGGCUCCUGAAUUCAGAAUCAGAAAAAAUUCUAGUGGCAACAUCAUGUUGUCUUGCUGCUAUUUUCCUUUCAGUAAGGGAAAACCCUGAUAUCAGUUCCAUUGCUAGAGAUGUUUUGCCUCGGUUACUUGCUCUUGCAAGUUCUUCUGUUCUUGAGGUUGCAGAGCAGGCUACAUGUGCAGUAGCAAACCUUCUAUUGGAAGAUGAACUUUCUGAAAAAGCUUUACCUGAAGAAGUUAUUUUACCAGCCACAAGGGUUUUGCGUGAGGGCACACUUUCUGGAAAGACUCACGCAGCAGCUGCUGUUGCCCGUCUUCUGCGUCGACGUCUGAUUGAUGAUGCUCUAUAUGACUGUGUGAAUCGUGCUGGUACUGUUCUUUCUUUGGUUUCUUUCUUGGGCUUGGCCAACGAUGGAUCCCUUGCCACAUCAGAAGCCUUGGAUGCACUUGCCUAUUUGUCAAGGUCUGGGGUUCCAGGCGGGAAGGUCAGACCAGCAUGGGCAGUACUAGCAGAAUCUCCAAGCCACCUCACCCCAAUAGUUUCAUGCAUAACUGAUACUGCACCAGCAUUGCAGGAUAAAGCCAUUGAAAUAUUAUCGAGGCUUUGCCGUGAUCAGUUAGUUGCACUAGGGGAAAUCAUUUGUGGUUCCGCAGGCUGUAUUGAGUCUAUUGCUAGAAGAGUUAUUGGUUCUAGGGACACAAAUGUCUCAAUUGGAGGUGCUGCGCUCAUUUCUUGUGCAGCCAGAGUUAGUCAUCAGAGAGUGGUGGAGGAUUUAAAUGAGUCAAAAUUGUCUAGUUAUCUUAUACAGGCUUUGGUGAAAGUAAUUACUAUCUCUCAGACUUAUCUGGAAGACGAAGAGGUUAAUGAGCAGGAGGCCAUGCGCGUUUGCAUUCAGUGGGUUACGGAAGAGGGGAGGAGUGGAGAAGCUACUCCUGGCACAAAGGUCAUCUGUGGUGCCAAUAUUGCUGUGUGGUUGUUGUCUACACUUGCUUCCCAUGAUGAGAAAAGCAAACUGGUUAUUAUGGAUGCUGGAGGGGUUGAUGUUCUCACAGAUAAAAUUUCACUGUAUACACAGUCUGACUUUAUUGAAGAUAGUAGCCUAUGGACUUAUGCUUUACUGCUGGCAAUUCUGUUUCAAGAUAGAGAUAUCAUACGAGCACAUGCAACCAUGAAAUCCAUUCCGGUUCUUGCAAAUUUGCUGAGGUCAGAAGAGCCAGCAAACAGAUAUUUUGCAGCACAAGCAUUGGCCAGUCUAGUCUGUAAUGGUAGCAGGGGAACUCUUUUAUCUGUUGCAAACUCUGGUGCAGCUGGCGGGCUUAUUACUUUGCUUGGUUGUGCUGAUGAAGAUAUAUAUGAUCUCUUGAAGUUGUCUGAGGAGUUCUCUCUGGUUCCUAAUCCAGAUCAAGUGACUCUUGAGAGAUUGUUUAGAGUUGAUGACAUUAGAGUUGGAGCUAUGUCGCGGAAGGCAAUACCUGCCCUUGUUGAUCUCCUCAAACCAAUUCCUGAUCGUCCAGGGGCACCAUUCCUUUCUCUUGGACUUCUCACCCAACUUGCAAAAGACUGUCCCUCGAACAAGAUGAUGAUGGUAGAGUCAGGAGCACUAGAGGCAGUGACCAAAUAUCUUUCACUUGGCCCUCAAGAUGCAACUGAGGAAGCUGCUACAGAUCUGUUGGGAAUUUUGUUUAGCAGUGCUGAGAUAUGUCGGCAUGAAUCUGCAUUUGGUUCAGUGACCCAGCUUGUAGCCGUCUUGCGCUUAGGCGGAAGAGGGGCUAGAUAUAGUGCAGCCAAAGCACUGGAGAGCUUAUUUUCUGCAGACCAUGUGCGAAAUGCAGAAACAGCUAGACAAGCUGUGCAGCCAUUGGUGGAGGUUCUAAAUACAGGCUCGGAGAAAGAACAACAUGCUGCCAUUGCAGCUCUGAUCAGACUGUUGAGUGAGAAUCCUUCACGAGCCCUAGGCGUGGCUGAUAUUGAAAUGAUUGCAGUUGAUGUUCUGUGCAAAAUUCUGUCGUCAAAAUGUUCAAUGGAGCUGAAGGGUGAUGCUGCUGAGUUAUGCUCUGUUCUCUUUGCAAAUACAAGAAUCAGAUCUACAGUAGCUGCAGAACGAUGUGUUGAGCCUUUGGUCUCUCUCCUUGUUACAGAAUUCACCCCUGCUCAGCAUUCAGUUGUCCGUGCUCUGGAUAAACUCUUAGAUGAUGAGAAAUUGGCUGAACUAGUUUCUGCUCAUGGUGCAGUCAUUCCUCUUGUUGGCCUUCUAUAUAGCAGGAAUUACCUACUUCACGAAUCCGUUUCAAGAGCUUUGGUCAAGUUGGGAAAAGAUAGACCUGCUUGCAAGACGGAAAUGGUGAAAGCUGGGGUCAUUGAAAGCAUACUUGAUAUACUCCAUGAAGCACCUAAUUUUCUCUCUGCCGCAUUUGCAGAAUUGCUCCGUAUAUUGACAAAUAACGCUACAAUUGCCAAAAGCGCAUCAGCAGCUAAAGUGGUUGAACCACUUUUCAUGUUGCUGUCACGAUCAGACCUUGGCCCGGAUGGCCAACAUAGUGCUUUACAGGUUCUUGUUAAUAUUUUAGAGCAUCCACAUUGUCGUGCUGACCACAAUUUGACCUCUCAUCAGUCUAUUGAACCUGUUAUACCGUUAUUGGACUCUAAUGUUCCAGCUGUACAGCAGCUGGCUGCUGAGCUUUUGUCCCAUUUAUUGUUGGAGGAGAACCUGCAGAAGGAUCCAUUAACGCAACAAGUUAUUGCCCCACUUGUAAAAGCUCUCGGAUCUGGGACACACAUUUUACAACAGAGAGGUAUUAAGGCUCUUGUUGGUAUUGCACUUAUUUGGCCAAAUGAAAUUGCGAAAGAAGGUGGUGUUAUUGAGCUAUCCAAGGUGAUAUUGCAAGUUGAUCCUUCACUUCCUCAUGCUCUAUGGGAAUCUGCAGCCUCUGUUUUGUCUUGUAUACUGCAAUUCAGUUCAGAAUUUUAUUUAGAAGUUCCCAUUGCGGUGCUUGUAAGAUUGCUUCAUUCUGGUUCAGAAAGUACUGUAACUGGAGCAUUGAAUGCUCUGCUGGUGUUGGAAAGUGAUGAUUCAACCAGUGCUGAGGCAAUGGCUGAAAGUGGUGCCAUUGAGGCUCUAUUGGAACUUCUUAGAUGUCAUCAAUGCGAGGACACUUCUGCAAGAUUGCUGGAAGUGUUGCUAAAUAAUGUAAAAAUCAGGGAGUCAAAAGCUAGUCGAUCUGCUAUCUUACCAUUGUCUCAAUACCUUUUAGACCCUCAAACACAGGGUCAGCAGGCAAGAUUGCUGGCUACUCUAGCGUUGGGUGAUCUAUUCCAGAAUGAGGCCCUAGCUCGUUCUGCUGAUGCUGUUUCAGCUUGUCGCGCCCUGGUUAAUUUGCUUGAAGAUCAGCCCACUGAGGAAAUGAAAGUGGUUGCAAUCUGUGCUCUUCAGAACCUUGUAACAUGCAGUCGAGCAAAUAAACGAGCAGUUGCAGAAGCCGGUGGGGUUCAGGUUAUACUUGAUCUGAUUGGUUCCAGUGAUCCAGAAACUUCAAUGCAGGCAGCAAUGUUUAUUAAGCUUCUCUUCUCCAACAAUACAAUCCAGGAGUACGCUUCUAGUGAAACUGUCAGGGCUAUAACUGCUGCUAUUGAAAAGGAUUUGUGGGCCAGUGGGACCGUGAAUGAGGAGUAUCUUAAAGCCCUAAAUGCACUUUUUGGCAACUUCCCUCGUUUAAGAGCCACUGAACCUGCUACUCUCAGUAUACCUCACCUUGUGACUUCUCUCAAGACAGGCUCAGAGGCAACUCAAGAAGCUGCCUUAGAUGCUUUGUUUCUAUUGAGACAAGCUUGGUCUGCAUGCCCUGCUGAAGUAUCUCGUGCUCAAUCUAUAGCUGCUGCAGAUGCAAUUCCGUUGCUGCAGUAUUUGAUCCAAUCUGGCCCACCUCGUUUUCAAGAGAAGGCAGAAUUUCUAUUGCAAUGUUUACCCGGAACUUUAACUGUAAUAAUCAAGCGUGGAAACAAUAUGAGGCAAUCAGUUGGAAACCCAAGUGUAUUUUGCAAGCUUACAUUAGGGAAUACGACAGCCAGACAGACAAAGGUUGUGUCUACUGGUCCUGCUCCAGAAUGGGAUGAGAGCUUUACAUGGUCCUUCGAGAGUCCUCCUAAGGGCCAGAAACUACAUAUUUCAUGCAAGAACAAGAGCAAAGUGGGAAAGAGUUCAUUUGGUAAGGUGACGAUUCAGAUUGACCGAGUAGUAAUGCUCGGAGCAGUUGCCGGGGAGUACACGCUGCUGCCGGAAAGCAAGAGUGGUCCUUCAAGAAAUCUGGAAAUAGAAUUCCAGUGGUCUAACAAAUAGCAGAAUAAGUGAAUUUUCAAGCAGGAGAAGAAAGUUUUUGCUUGAGAGUUACAAAGAAAAUGUAAUCUAUCAAUGCAAGGGCUGGGGAUAUAGGACUUGCAUAUAUUGUUGUGACUAGCUCAUUCGCGGGGGAAUUCCUCUUGCUACCUUAUAUUAUUAUUGUCGCUCAUCUUUUUGCCCUUAUUAUUUUUUUAAAUAUUAAUUAUAUCUUUUAAGUGUUGUUCGUGAUCUUGUACAUAGUGUUGCUGAGAUUACAUUUGUAGUAUACAUGUGUUUUGUUUGUAGUAUACACGUGUUCCUAAACAUAUAAUUGAUUCGUGCAUUCUUUUGUAAUCUGGUCUCAAAGACACUGUUAAUAAUGUAACAAUUUUUGGUUUAGCGGAUUUCUAUUCUAUGCAACAGUAUUUGAUUAUAGUUUGCCUU